GGGCGGAGCCGCGUGCCGCCCACGCCACUCACACUCCGAGACGCGCUGACGGGACAGGGGCGCCAGCCAAUCGGCUCCCGCCCUCUGGAGGCAGGGACUCUGGGGCGGAGACUUCGGAGACUGCAGUUGCAGUUCCAAGAUCAGAUGGAAUUGACUAUGGAUGAAUCUCAUGAUUUUGAUCAGCAAAGCUCAUGGAAUGGAAUCACAUCUGAGAAGGAAAACAACUUUCUUGUAUCAGAAGAUCAUGGACAGAAAAUUUUAAGUGUACUACAGAAUUUUAGAGAGCAAAAUGUCUUUUAUGAUUUUAAAAUAAUCAUGAAAGAUGAAAUCAUCCCAUGCCAUCGCUGUGUGUUAGCAGCGUGCAGUGAUUUUUUCAGGGCUAUGUUUGAAGUAAAUAUGAAAGAAAGAGAUGGUGGAAGUGUUACUAUUACUAAUUUAUCUUCCAAAGCAGUGAAAGCAUUUCUUGAUUAUGCUUAUACUGGAAAAACAAAGCUAACAGAUGAUAAUGUAGAAAUGUUCUUCCAGCUGUCAUCAUUUCUUCAAGUUUCUUUUCUAUCCAAAGCUUGCAGUGACUUUUUAAUAAAAAGCAUUAAUCUUGUCAAUUGCUUGCAGUUAUUAUCUAUAUCAGAUAGCUAUGGCUCUGCGCGUCUGUUUGAUCAUGCAUUGCAUUUUGUACAACACCACUUUUCUUUAUUAUUUAAAUCAAAUGACUUCUUAGAGAUGAAUUUUGGAGUAUUGCAAAAAUGUCUGGAAUCAGAUGAAUUAAAUGUUCCUGAAGAAGAAACUGUACUAAAAGUUGUCCUUAGUUGGACUAAACAUAACUUAGAAUCCAGGCAAAAGCAUCUGCCUCAUUUGAUUAAAAAAGUGAGAUUACAUCAGUUAUCUGAGGAGACACUUCAAGAAUGGUUGCUCAAGGAAGAGCAUUUACUCCGAAGCACAAACUGUUUUGACAUAAUUGUGGAUGCCAUUAAGUCUGUGCAGAAUUCCAGUGGACUUUUCCCUGAUGCUCGACCAUCCACUACUGAAAAAUACAUAUUUGUUCACAAAACUGAAGAAAAUGGAGAAAGGCAAUAUACCUUUUGCUAUAAUAUUAAAAACGACUCAUGGAAAAUUCUGCCCCAACCUCACCUGGUUGACCUUCCAGGAUCGAGUCUGUCUAGUUAUGGAGAGAAAAUAUUCUUGACGGGUGGCUGCAAGGGAUCGUGCUGCAGGACAGUGCGACUUCAUAUUGCAGAGUCGUACCAUGAUGCCACGGACCAAGCCUGGUGCUACUGUCCCAUCAAAAACGAGUUCUUCUUAGUAUCAACCAUGAAAACACCCAGAACCAUGCACACGUCAGUCAUGGCACUCAAUAGGUUGUUUGUCAUCGGUGGGAAAACUAGAGGCUCACAGGACAUUAAAAGUCUCUUAGAUGUCGAAUCAUACAACCCUCUUUCCAAAGAAUGGGUGUCGGUGAGCCCCUUACCCAGAGGGAUCUACUAUCCUGAAGCAAGCGCCUGUCAAAACAUAAUUUAUGUUCUGGGGUCAGAGGUGGAAAUCACAGACGCCUUCAACCCAUCACUGGAUUGCUUUUUCAAAUAUAAUGCUACAACUGACCAGUGGUCUGAACUGGUGGCCGAGUUUGGACAGUUCUUUCAUGCAACAUUAAUAAAGGCUGUCCCGGUCAACUGCACAUUGUACAUAUGUGACCUGUCCACCUAUAAGGUUUACAGUUUCUGUCCAGAUACUUGUGUUUGGAAGGGUGAAGGGUCUUUUGAAUGUGCAGGCUUUAAUGCAGGAGCAGUUGGAAUUGAAGACAAAAUUUACAUAUUAGGUGGUGAUUAUGCACCAGAUGAAAUCACAGAUGAAGUACAGGUCUACCACAGCAGCAGAUCUGAAUGGGAAGAAGUUUCAUCAAUGCCGAGAGCAUUAACUGAAUUUUACUGCCAAGUGAUUCAGUUUAAUAAGUACAGGGACCCCUGGUUUUCAAGUCUUUUCUAAAGACUUCGAGUUCUUAGGCAUUCUGAAACUAUUCCAGUUCCAGAGCCCUAUAGUAAAUUCGUUAAGCAGAAUAG